AUGCCCAGCGCGCGAAGCUCCCUCGCCCUGCAAAGAGAACGAGAUCAGACCUACUCGAUCCACAUCUCCCUCUUCACCGGGCAAUGGCCAGACACAGCGCCGAGUGACUCAACGCCAAAGCAAGGACUGUUCGAAGACCUCUUCCAGCCUCUUCCCGACGACCAGGACGAAAAGGGCGUCGUUCACCACGGCCGCGGCACUUUCAGAUUGUCACUGCCGGACUCGAUCGACAAGCGAUUUGGGCCUCUUCGCAUCGACUGGGCCGACCGCAGGCACCCACGCUCACAACGACGUCCAGAUAUGUCGCAGACCGCCAGCUCUUCGACAGGCGUGUCGCAGGCCGAUCCUGCUUUGAGCUCAGAUCCAGUUGGACCGGUCACACCAACGACGAGGAGCAAGAAGAAGCGUGUCUUCCACUCGGCCAAGCCCCAGAUCACGGCUCCGGUCGCCGUCUUCCAAAAGCAGGAUUCCUUCCAGGUCAACGACGGGCAGUCGUCCAAGCAAAAGGAUCGCAGCAAUGCGGGCAGCUCGGCUUCCGAGCCGAUGGACAUCGGAUCUACCGAGGUGGCCUUCGGCAUCGUCCACCUCUUCAAGGACAAGCAGGAUGCGGCCGCCGCCCCUGAAACCGACGCUGCCGCAGAGGACAACCAGCUCACCGACAACGAUGUCGGGACCGUCGUUGCCGUGCUCGCGGUACCGUCCUACCUCACCGCCGCCGACUUCCUCGCCUUUGUCGAGCCGGCCUCGGAGGCCAUUUGUCACCUGCGCAUGAUCCGAGAUGUCCAUCCGAACCGCUGCAUGGUCCUCUUCAAGUUCCGCGACGCCUCGGACGCCGAAGACUUCCACAAGAUGUUCAACGGGCAGCCCUUCAACGCCAUGGAGCCGGAAGAGAUCUGUCAGGUAGUCUACGUCACGAGCGUCACCGUCUCCAAGCAGAGCACCCUCCCCCUCACCUAUCCGAUGCUUUCCAACAGCGACCCCUGGCCCCUUCGAGCACGAUCCGCGCCUGGCGGAUCGAUCGAAGUGGCGAGCGCGCCUUCCGGAUACGAGCUGCCGACCUGCCCCGUCUGCCUCGAGAGGAUGGACAGCGCAGUGACGGGCUUGAUGACGAUCACGUGCCAGCACACGUUCCAUUGCUCGUGCCUGAGCAAGUGGGGCGAAGGGCGGUGUCCCGUCUGUCGCUACUCGCAGACGGGGCAUCGCAAGAAAGGAUCGCAGCGAGCGAGCCGGCGACAGUCGCUCAACCCGGCCGCCAACGCCGGAGAGGGUGCAGCGGCGGAUCUGGACGACGAGGAGGUCGAAGAGAGCGACGAGGACGAGGUCGAGCCGAGCCUGUGCACGAUCUGCAAGACCAACCAGGACCUGUGGGUCUGCUUGAUCUGCGCCUCGGUGGGCUGCGGGCGGUACAAGGCGGGCCACGCGCAUCGACACUUUGAAGAGACCGGCCACCUCUACAGCCUCGAGCUCGAGACGCAAAGAGUCUGGGACUAUGCCGGAGACGGCUACGUGCACCGGCUGAUUCAGAACAAGGCCGACGGCAAACUUGUCGAGCUGCCAUCGGCGUCGAGCGCAGCCGCCACGCCCGAGCGAUCGCGCCGCCUGCCUGCGUCGACGGCCAUGCAGAACCCGUCUUCCAGCAGUCAGGGAGGGCCACGCUCCGGCGCUGACGGCCGCGGCCCACGCCGCAGCGACGACGCAGCGGACGAAUCGGACGUGUUCGACGAUGGCGGCCCGUCUUCGACCGUCGCGGCAUCGGAGAAGAUCGAGGCGAUCGGCCUCGAGUACUCGUACCUGCUCACGUCGCAGCUCGAGUCGCAGCGCCAUUUUUACGAGGAAAGGAUCGACCGGAUCCAGGCGCAGUUUGACAAGCUGAUGUCGACGAUGCGACAGGUCGAGUCGGCGGCGAGCCGGCUGGUCGAGGUCGAGGAGCGUGCGCGGCGCCUCGAGGCCGAGCGCGACGAGCUGCGGCGGGAAAAGGCCAAGUCGGACAAGCGGGCCGACAAGAUGCUCGAGCUGGCGCGGAAGUUUGAGAGCGAGAUGCAGUCGGAGCGCAGCCUGUCCGAAGGGCUGAUGCGCAAGCUAGAGAAGCGGCAGGAGGGCGAGGCGAGCCUGCAGGCCGAGGUCGAUGAGCUGCGCGACCAGGUCAAGGACCUCAUGUUCUUCCUCCAGGCGCGCGACAAGGUCGAGCAGGAGGGCGGCGAGGAUCUCCGCGGCGGCGAUCUCGAGGUCAAGCAGUCGGCGGCGAGCAAGAAGAAGAAGGGCAAGAAGAAGUCGUGA